GCUCUCAGUCUCCGCCUCGCGGUGGGUGCGUCCCCGCCCUGCGAUGGGGUUCCUAAGAGCCAGGGGGGAAGAGGGGCUCUCCUCUAAGAAUCAAAACACUGUCACCUUUAGCAGUGAAGGAUCCAGUGAGAUUUUCCAGGUUAACGGUCAUAACCGCCUACUGGUCCAACGUUCAGAACUAACACAGGCACUUGGACAAUACACAGUAGAUGUGGAAGGACACGGUUGUACGUUUAUCCAGGCCACCCUUAAGUACAAUGUUCUACCUAAGAAGACAUCUGGAUUUUCUCUUUCCUUGGAAAUAGUAAAGAACUACUCUUUGACUGUUUUUGACCUCACAGUAACCCUCAAAUACACUGGAAUUCGCAAUAAAUCCAGUAUGGUGGUUAUAGAUGUAAAUAUGCUAUCAGGAUUUACUCCAACCAUGUCAUCCAUUGAAGAGCUUGAAAACAAGGGCCAAGUGAUGAAGACUGAAGUCAAGAAUGACCAUGUUCUUUUCUACUUGGAAAAUGUUUUUGGUCGAGCAGACAGUUUCCCUUUUUCUGUUGAGCAGAGCAACCUUGUGUUCAACAUUCAGCCAGCCCCAGUCAUGGUCUACGAUUAUUACGAAAAAGAAGAAUAUGCCCUAGCUUUUUACAACAUCGACAGUAGUUCAGUUUCCGAGUGAGACAAAGCAAUUACUGGAAGAGGUGGAAAAGCAUUUCUUGUAACAAACCGAUUCUUCUGUAUCAAACCUGGAAAAAAAUCAUGAACCAUCUGACAUCGUGAACAGUCUGCAGUGGGCUAUGGUUUCUUGUCAAGUCUUAUUUCCUUAUCAUCCCAUUAAAUGUUGUCAUUUUGCA